CUCCCAGGAUUUUUUGAGGUCUUGGCGCGUUAUCGAUAACGCAUCGCGACCGUCGUGCCUUUGUUCGUCCCUGCCUGCUUGCCUGCGACGAUGCACGAUACCAUCAUUCAUCUGCAUUCACAUCAUGUCUGCAUCCUUAGCACCCGAAUGCAACGAAGUAAAAGAACGAUACGAUAACUGCUUUCUGAAAUGGUACAGCGAGAGUAAGCAAGACCGUUUCCCGCACCUGAAUCCGAACAAGUCUGAUAAGAGGUACAUAGAAUUCAUACGGGGGUCUGCUACAUCCGAUGAAUGCGAUCCGUUGUUUAAGCAGUAUGAAAAAUGCCUUUCAAAAGCUUUGCAAGAUAGAGGCAUCGACAAGAUGUUGAAAGAAGCACGCGAAGAUAACCGCGAGAACGAUGCCGAACACAUGCGACCAUGCGGGCACUACGUCGACUACACGUGGGCCCCGGGGUUUCUCGGUUCCCCCUUCGGCCUAACUCUGUUUCUUCAAUUCAUCCUACCCUUCACAAUGUCCAUCCCCACUAGCCGCCUCGGCAUUCACCUUGCCCCUGCCACCGCAGCAUGGGCUGCUCCGUUCGCGGCCUACUACAUCUUUCUCCAGAAUCGUGUCGUCUACCACCGUAUCACGAGCCGAACUGCAAUGGGAGACAAGAUCGAUCCCACUAAGGGAAAUGACGAUCCACUUUACGUAGCUUCGCGAGCCCAGGUCAACUUCAACGAGAACGUUCCUCUUCUUUUGGUAGUUUCGCUCCUUGCCGAACUCAACGGUGUUCCCAGGAAAUAUAUCAACUAUGCUUUGGCUACUCUCUUCACGUUCCGCGUCGCCCAUGCAGAGUUUGGUCUUAUGAGGCCGAAAAGCUUGGGUACUGGCCGUGGUGUUGGAUUCUACGGAACUCAAGUCCUUCUCGCGACCGUGGCUGGCUACGCUACGUACUUUGUCAAGGAUUACUGGAUGUAAAUUCCUCUCCCAUCUUUCAAUUAGGACUUUGUCUAGCAAGUUCGGUGUCGUAAGCAUGGAGAGUAGAAGCCAGAGGCUAUGAGGCCAAAGCGCUGUUGUAUCUGUAUACGUGUGUAUAUUGUGGGGAAUGCUAUGGUCCCAAGAACUUAGAAUGUAUAAAAAGUAUAGAAUAUCUAUGAGGUGAUUCAUUCGAUGUACGUUGACGACCUCCCAAUCACGAAUUGUUACUUUGUAUGCAUUUUGUUGCUUCAUGUCAAGCGUCGAAUU